AGUACACAGUUCGAAAAUAUAAACCUCAAUUUCUCCUCUAAAACCCCAAACCUCUUCUCUUGAGCGAUCAAAUCAUCUUUCAAAAUGGGAAGCAAUCAAGCAGCUGUUUCGUUUCUAACAAAUCUUGCACGGGCCGCUUUCGGUUUAGGCGCUGCAGCCACCGCUCUCAACGCGUCGCUGUACACCGUCGAUGGAGGCGAACGCGCGGUAUUAUUCGAUAGAUUUCGUGGAGUUAUUGACACCACCAUUGGUGAAGGGACUCAUUUCCUGAUCCCAUGGCUGCAAAAGCCAUUUAUCUUUGAUAUCCGUACCAGGCCGCACACUUUCUCGUCUGUCUCCGGUACGAAGGAUCUGCAGAUGGUUAACUUGACCCUCCGUGUUCUCUCCCAUCCCGAUGUAACCAAAUUGCCCCAAAUCUUUCAACGCCUUGGUCUCGAGUAUGAUGAGAAGGUGCUCCCCUCUAUUGGCAAUGAGGUUUUGAAGGCUGUGGUUGCACAGUUCAACGCUGAUCAGCUCCUUACUGAACGUCCGCAUGUCUCGGCUCUAGUCCGUGAAUCUCUUAUCAAGCGUGCAAGGGAUUUUAACAUUCUGCUGGAGGAUGUGGCAAUCACCCACUUGUCUUACGGAGCAGAGUUCUCAAGGGCUGUGGAGCAGAAGCAAGUGGCGCAGCAAGAAGCAGAGAGGUCGAAGUUCGUUGUCAUGAAAGCUGACCAGGAGAGGAGGGCUGCAAUUAUCAGGGCAGAAGGUGAGAGUGAAGCUGCUAAGAUGAUCUCUGAUGCAACUUCAAAAGCUGGUACAGGGCUGAUUGAGCUCAGGAGGAUUGAAGCAUCGAGGGAAAUUGCUGCAACUCUGGCCAAGUCACCCAACGUGUCAUACCUUCCUGGUGGAGCCAACAUGUUACUUGCAUUGAAUCCAGGCCGUUAAAAAGGGUAUUCAGUUGUGGCACAAUGGCAUGACCUUUUUGUGAAUUGGUGAAGUAGUGUUUGCUUUGUUGCUAGAAAAUUUUUGAGGAUGCAAACCUGACAUAUGUGGAGUUUCCUAAGAAUCAGAAGUUUCACAUGUAGAAACCUUAAGUACUUGUGCUGAUGAGCAAACAAUGGAUUUUAUUUGUAUUAGAUGAAAUGCGGGUUUACAGACUUGUGUAGUAAAUAUGCUUAAUAAAUGUUGCCUCUGACGGCCAUCUUUGGUGGUCCAAUGUGCAGGAGUUACUAUAUUACAAUUUGACAUGAUACAUUAGGGAGUAAAUAAUAUCAUGAGCUAUUGAGACUCAA